AUGAAUCCCGCAGUGUCAAACCUCAUGUUCUCUCUUGGGGCAAUGCAAGUUGCCCGCAAAAUACCGAUGGAUGACCUUCAAGUCCUCAACUACGUGCGAGCUGGUUAUGCUGUGGUGCAGCUCUUCGUCAUUGGCAUAUACUUUUAUGUGUCUUCUAUCAUCAAAAAAAAGAAUGACUUAGCUGUGCUUAAAUACGUUGAGCCUUCCCCUCAGUUUUCUCAAGAACCCCCGAAAGUUGUACAGACAACAGUGAAGGAUUAUGACUUAACAGAGGUUUCCAAAGCUCUUCGUGGUGUGUACAUGGGCAUUGCCAUGCUAGCAUUCAUGCACCUCUACCUCAAAUACACCCAGCCGUUAUUUAUUCAGGCUGUCAUGGGUUUGAAGAACCUUUUCGAGGCUAAAGAAUUAGCAAUCCAUCUUUUUGGGAAGAAGGCAGACGGAGAUCUGAAGAGACCCUUCAAGGCGGGACCAGGACUGUUCGGGAUGGAAGCGCCCGGUCCCUCGACUGAUCCAGCCGCCAUCAAGGCGGCCGAAGAUGCGGCCAAGAAGAAGAGUCAGUAG